GGGGCUGGGAGUUAUAUGUUGUCAAGCACUAUACUUAUUGAUGGAAUAGUACUGCAACACACCUUGUAUGAAUAAAGUAACAAUAGAAUAAUAGAAGAAAUGGUUGAUUACUAAUUUUUGAGCAGUUUGGAUCCUUGGAAUAAUAAUUUAUCUAUUUCAGCCUCUCCUGUGGUCAAAAUAAACCAUGUGUUGACUCAGCUUCCCCUUCUACCCUGUUUCACACCCACAUUUUGCAAAGACCAGUGAGGGUUACUUGUCACACAUACAGUGUUAAGCUUUAAGCACCAACUUCUUCUACAGUGUGUGAUCCAUCUAAACACAAGCCAACUUCCUCAAGGCUUCUAUACUUCAAGCAUCUCACCAAAGAUGGAAUCACUGUCACUACUCAUCUAUUUCUUUGCCAUUGUGCUGGCACAAUGCCAUGGAUUCAGUCUGGAUACAGAGCAUCCAAUCGCUUUCCAAGAAAGAGCAAAAGGCUUUGGAAAGAGCAUUGUGCAAUUUGGAAGUGGACCAAACGCAGCGCUGUUUGUUGGUGCCCCACUCCAGAAGGGGAAUGGGAAUGAACAGGGAAAACUCUACAAAUGCCAUUACAUGCAAAGCAAAUCGGGCAGAUGCCAGGAGGUCCCUUUGCAAAUGCCUGCUGAUGCGCUGAACAUGUCCCUCAGUUUGUCCCUCUCUGCCAGCGACUCCCAGUUGUUGGCGUGUGGUCCAACAGUGCAUCAAACCUGUGGGGAAAACAUCUACCUCAAGGGCUACUGCUUUCUCCUUGACCAGAAUCUGAGGCUGAUAAAGCGCUUUCCUGAGCAUCUGCCAGAAUGUCCAAAACGGCCCACUGACAUCGUUCUCCUGAUAGAUGGUUCAGGGAGCAUUGACAGAAAUCAGUUUAUACAGAUGAAGACAUUUAUCUCUGAGGUUAUAAAGCGCUUCCAAAAUACAAGCACGCAGUUUGCCUUGUGCCAGUACUCAAACUUCUAUCAAGAACACUUUGACUUCCUUACAUUCCAGAAGAACCAAGAUCCUGAUGCACUAAUUAGGAAAGUGCGGCAGCUGGGUGGAACAACGCACACAGCUACAUAUAUCCAGAGAGUGGUACGUGAGCUUUUUCUCCCAGAAAAAGGAGCCCGCCACAGUGCCUCUAAGAUUCUCAUUGUGAUAACAGAUGGAGAAAAAUACAGAGACCCCUUGGAGUACACCGAUGUGAUUCCAGAAGCUGAGGCAGCUGGCAUCAUCCGCUUUGCCAUUGGGGUAGGGAAGGCAUUCAGUGAAGGCAGCGCCUUUCAAGAGCUCGUCAGUAUUGCCUCUGCACCAGCCUCAGACCAUGUCUUCCGAGUGGACAACUUCGAUGCUCUCAAGGACAUCCAGAACCACCUUCAGGAUAAAAUUUUUGCUAUUGAAGGUACAGAAUCCAAAAACAGCAGCUCCUUCCAGUUAGAGAUGUCUCAGGAAGGAUUUAGUGCCUUAUUGAGGCAGGGUAAUGCCACUUUGGGGGCAGUAGGAGCCUAUGACUGGUCUGGAGGGAUUUUCCAAUAUGGAGAACGUGGAGGUUCAAAUUUCAUCAAUGUAUCCAGCUUGACAAAGGAGAUGGACAAUGCUUAUCUUGGUUAUUCUGUGCAGACUGUUCGAAAGGACAACCGGAUAAGCUACGUGGUGGGGGCCCCUCGUUACCAGCAUGUUGGCAAGGUUAUUCUGUUCAGCCAAGAAGGUGACAAGUGGAAGCAGAAGUCAGAGCUCUCUACAACACCGACCCCCCAGAUCGGCUCAUAUUUUGGGGCUGCACUUUGCUCUGUGGACCUGGACAGAGACUCCAACACGGACCUGGUUCUCAUUGGUGCUCCCUCAUAUUACGACGGUGUGGCAGGAGGGAGGGUCUACAUCUGCCAUGGGCAGGGAGAGACAUUUCUCUGUGAUGAGGUGCUGCAAGGAGAGGCCAAGCAUCCCUUGGGCCAAUUUGGAGCCAGCAUAGCGGAAACAGGUGAAAUAACUGGGGACCAGUGGAUGGAUGUGGCCAUUGGGGCUCCAAUGGAGGAUGAGAAUAGAGGAGCUGUGUACAUAUUCCAGGGAAACAGCAGAUCCAUCAACCAUGUGCAUAGCCAGCGCAUCCAAGGCUCUCUGCUUCCCAAUGGGCUCCAUUACUUUGGCCAGGCUAUUGCUGCUGGGUUGGACCUUUCAGGAGAUGGACUCCCAGAUGUCUCAGUGGGGGCUGAGGAGCAUGUGCUGCUGCUGAGGUCUCGUCCUGUUCCCCAAGUAUUGCAUGCGAUCACCUUCAUUCCAUCUAUGAUCCCCAUCUCUGCCUUUGAGUGUAAGGAGCAGGAUGAACUGAACAAGGAAGUCAGCAAAGCUACUGUUUGCUUCAGCAUUAAGUGGGACCCUCGAUUUACACCAGGUAACAGCAUUUUGAGUACCAUUCGGUACACUUUGACUUUGGAUCAUGGUCGAAUGAAAAUUCGGGCUGCAUUUGUUGAAGGUCUGAGCCCCUCCACUAUCACUGAAGAGGUGAAGGUGGGCUCGAUGAGAAAGUGCAAGGACCAUCGCAUAAAGUUGCCGACCUGCAUAGAAGACAGCCUCACACCCAUCAAUCUCCGAGUGAAUUAUAGCCUUAUAGAAGAGCCUAUUGCUACUGCUGGCAACCUGCGAGCCAUCCUGAAUGAAGAUGAGCCCCAUCACUUCACAGCAUUGUUGCCAUUUGAAAAGAAUUGUGGCAGAGAUGGGAUCUGUAAAGACAUGUUAAAAACCUCCUUCAAUUUCUCAGGCCUGCAUACACUGGUAGUGGGCCUGACCCUUGAGCUGAAUGCUACAGUCUUCAUCCGGAAUGAUGGAGAAGAUUCCUACAACACCACAUUGACCUUCUCAUAUCCUUCAGCACUGUCCUUUCGCAAAUUCACACUAUUACAGACCAACAGGAAGUACGUGGUCAUUAAAUAUGCCUCCAUCUCUGCUGCAGAGGAUGAACCUGUGAAGAUCACUGCAUGUUACAUCAAUCACCCAAUCUUCCGAAGUGGGGCUGAGAUUACCUUCAUUGUCACCUUUUCUGUCUCGCAAGAAGCAGAUAUAGGGCAUGAGGUGCAGAUCAAUGCCACAGCCAGCAGUGAAAACAAUGGCCCCACCACACAGGACAUGGUUCACCGAGCGAAGCUACCCGUAAAAUAUGCCAUAUAUGUCUUCAUCAACGCUAUUGAUGAAUCAACCAAGUAUGUCAAUUUUUCUGCUGGCCAGGAAGAUAGAAAUGAGAUUGUAGAACACCAUUAUAAGGUGAAGAACACAUAUCAGCGAAAGGUUCCUGUCUCAGUGAAGUUUCAGUUUCCUGUGCAAUUGAAUGGUGUACCAGUUUGGAAUGCAUCUGUGGACAGGCCCCCUGAGCAAUUCCAUCUGGCUAGUUGUGUCUUUGAAAAAAAGACUCCUGGGUCCAAGGAGUUUGUGAAGCAGCUAAAGGAGCAUCCUGUUCUGGACUGCUCUGUGGCUACCUGUCAAACAAUCCGUUGUGACAUUCUGUCCCUGGAGCUGCAGCAGCCACUGGAGUUCACGAUCAAAGGGUACAUUGACUUCAAGUUGGUGAAACAGACCCAGCAGAAGAGAGUGACCUUGGUGAGCUCAGCACAGAUUUUCUAUGACAAUAACAAAUAUGUCCAAAAUGAGGGCUUUGCACAGAGCCAGGCAAAGACUGUGGUGGAGUACUUGGAGGCCUACAACUAUGUACCCAUCAUUAUUGGCAGCAGUGUUGGUGGACUUAUCCUUCUCGCUCUGAUAGUUGCUGCUCUAUACAAGCUUGGAUUCUUCAAACGAGCAUACAAAUAUAAGAUGGAUGAAACAGGAGCCGAAAGCACCGAGGGGGGUAGGCCUCCAGAAAACAGCAACAUCAGCACUAGUCCUGCUUCCACCAAAGGAUAACUGUUCCAUGACCAGUGCCUUCUGCAAGAUCACAUCUGCAAUACCCACAAAACUUAAAUGGGCCACUGCACUGAACAAAAGGACAGCUGCAUCAUAUGCAGCAGUUUCUUAUACAGAAAGCACUUUUAUGGUAGGAAACAACCUGCUACUAAUACAUGUGUAAUGAAGGCACACAUGCCAAGAAGUUGCUCCCAGCCAAAACUCCAACUGUGUAUGCACUUGAAAGCCACCACAGAAGUUGAGUUAUAUACAUUAUUUCUUACACAGAGUGGCUGUCUUCACAGGAAAAUAUGCCUGCCAUGGCUUUGAUAGCUAGGAAUCUUGGAUUCUAAUCCCUGGUGCCUAGACAGAAUAAAGAGAAAUCAUAUGUUGAAGAAA